CCUACACUAACGCACGCCCAGUAGGCUCAGCGUUCAGCCUUCUUAGAGCCUGCUUGGAGUUCGGACCUGCAGCCUAAGCACCUUAACCGCAACCCCUCUUCACCCGACCGCUUUCUUGUGGAACUGAAUAACGAUGUCGGACGAGGAACGACGACCGUUGAUAGACCUGGAGAAUAACGUUGUUCGUCAUGUACAGAGCGUCUGGUCCGGCUUGAAAGGUCAUAACCACUUCUUCCACGCUCAUCUGUGCCAUGAUACGACUCGCGUGCGGCAGGUUUCUUGGGACGCGACAAUGUCCUCGAAGUUGCAGUCGGUCUCAUUAUGGCUGGCGGCUUCUCGAAACUCGUCAACUCCUUCAUAUCCGAUGUUCUUCUGCCCCCGAUCUCGUUGUUGCCUUUCCUUGGAAGAAAUCUGCCUGCUAAAUUUGCUGUCCUCCGCUCUGGCCCCAAUCCGCCGUAUAAUACAGUCGAACAAGCUACUGAAGAUGGUUUGCGCCAUAACUCUUGCUUGGGGUGCUUUUCUGGACAACCUGAUAACUUUCUUUGCACUAGGUGCUGUUCUAUACACUUACGCUCAAUUAUACGCCAUCUUCACCAAAGAGUCCAUCAUCAAACACAUUGUGAAAUGCAAAUAUUGUCGCAAGGAUAUAUCCGCAAGUGCUAAACGCUGUGCUUUCUGCACUAGCUGGACUGAUGGUCGAGAUGAGAAGCAGGCUCAGCCAACUCACAGUGAUCACCCUCUUGAUUCGUAACGUGCGGCAUGCGGACAUGAUAAUCUUUUGGAUAUUGACUGGAUGUACUCAUUGGACCCUGCUUUCGCGAUAUUUAUUUCGACUCGCCGUGGCCAUUUGAACAUUGAAAAUAAUGAUAUCGACGAUUUUCUCGGGAUACCGAAAUGGGAAAAAGAUUCUGGCUAGCUCAGCUAUCCCGAGUAGCCUUGUAUUCAUCGAUCCACUUCUUCUCUGCAUCUCCUUUGGGCAGCACAACGAAAGUCAGACACCCGUCUUUCAGCUCGAGUCCAUCCUUGAGCUCGCCCUCCUUCUCUUUUGCGGCUGUGCACACUUCUCGAAGCGACAUCUUCUUGCCCACCUUCAACAACCGUUUCCUUCGCGUCAUCGCGUACACAGCCAACUUCCCAUCCACAUAUUCGUGCUUCGUGUCCCAAGCUGGCGGCGGUGCUUGGGGUGGAAACAUGACUGCUAGAUGACUGGAGAACGGCGUGUCUUCGACGAAUUCAGGUAUUAUGUCGGAUGUCGCGUAUUGAGGAUAGAGGAAGAACACGGGGAUGAUCAACGACGUCCCCGUUGGAUCCUCGGGAUCAAAAUGAGGUUCGUAUGGAUUAUCAAGAUCGUCUUUCUUCUUCAGCACGAUCAGAUUCCGUUCCUAGGAUGUGUGAAUACCUAGCCGGACAUAUGCAGCCGAACACGGCACACCUUGAAA